UUUUUUUUUUCCUAUUUUUCAUUUCUAUAACUCUAUCUAUAUAUAUUAUUCUCUUUCAUCAUUGUUUGCUCAUUUCAGUGUUAUUAUGUUAUAACGAGACAAAGCUUUCAAAUCCUUCUCUUGUCAAAAACAGUUCGCACUACACUUGGCUUACGCGUCCUUUCCAUUUCCAUAAACCCUAAAGAUUCUCUCCGCGUCGCCGGAAUAAAUUCACUCCAACCCCUCUCCUCGUUGUAUGUAGUGUAUAUUCAGCUGAAUAUAUAAAUAUAUAUAUAUAUAUAUAUAGAUCGCCGCCGGAAUUAUGGACGACAAGGAGAGAAUUGAUCCAACGACCGACUUCUCAGCCGAUGCGAGCUGGACACUCGGUGGUGACUCGGACAGCGUUUACUUCUUCGGAAGCGAUACAGAUGGCUGCGUACUGAGCGAAUUCCGAUGGAAUCUUCAGCCGCAGAUGGCUGUGGAUCGGAUCGGCCUCGACGAUACGCCCGAUUUGGCGGGAAACCAACAGUUUUUGCCGGAAAGCGGUGCGGCUCAGUGUGCUGCUGCUCCGACGGCUCAAGACGGUCCUGUCGGCGAUGCUUCGGCCUCGAAUCCGUCGGUGUGUUCCGGUUCUUCGGACGAUCCGCCGGAGAGCUCCACCGCUUCCGGCGGGAAACAAUCGCCAAAGACAGCGAGCAAGGUUAAAGUGAAGGGGGAAAAGCGAAUACGGCAGCCACGUUUUGCAUUCAUGACUAAGAGUGAAGUAGAUAACCUUGAAGAUGGUUACAGAUGGCGUAAAUAUGGACAAAAGGCUGUAAAAAACAGUCCAUUUCCAAGGAGCUACUAUCGUUGUACAAACAGCAAAUGCACGGUGAAGAAGAGAGUCGAACGCUCAUCUGAUGAUCCCACCACUGUAAUCACAACGUACGAAGGCCAGCAUUGUCAUCUCACGGCCGGAUUUUCCAGAGUUGGACAUAGUCUUAGUCAUGAAGCUGCCGCCUUUGCGGGCCAGUUUAGUACUCCAGUCCCACACUACUUUUGCUAUCCGAAAAUCCAGUUUCCUCAAGAAUGUUGUCAUACAAUAUCACAAGCACACCAAGUCCCGGUCGAAGCAGGAGAAUCUUGUGCAUUGCCUGAGCCAGCCCCACAAGUCCCCACUGAUGAAGGAUUGCUUGGGGACAUGGUACCACCUGGAAUCCGCAACCGAUGAAAAGAUGGUAUAUACAUUUGCCCAUUUACGUAGAUUUUAAAUAUUUUUGCUUAAAUUUUUUGGUAAGUAAGUUGAUUGUAAUUUAGUCUCGCGAAAAGAAAAAAAAAAGGGUUGAUUUUAAUUUUGGAUUAUGGUAUUUUAUUAAUCACAUAACAAUUUAUAUUGUUUUCUUCAACAAUAUUGUUUUGAAUUUAUAGGUGGUACAUAUGCACAGAAUGAGAGUAGUAUCGACAGUGUUUAGAAUAAUAAAACCUAGUGGGAUGGAUUAAUGUCUAGGGGAGAUUUUUUAACAUAUUAAAAAUAUAUGUCAACAAUUUCAUUUA